AUGAAAGAAGCAAUUUGAUUGGUUGCUAUGGGCAACUGGGCAACUUUUCCUCUGAACAGGUUUUGAACAUUCUGCUGCAGCGAAGACCGGCGGCUGCUUCCCGGGGACAGCGAUGGCCACCUUACCGUCCGGCGACAAGAUACCCAUCUCAGAGCUUCUCCCCGGCAUGAGGGUCCUGGCCAUGGACAGCGAUGGCCGCUCCACCUUCAGUGACUUUGUGACCUUCCUGGACAGAGACCCCCGAUCGGAGCACGUGUUCCAGGUGAUCAGGACAGGAGACCCCCCUCGAAGGCUUUCCCUCACCCCGACCCACCUCAUCUUUGUAGCGGACAACGCCUCCACCCCGGCUGCUCAAUACAAAGCUGUAUUUGCCAGUGAGGUGAGACCCGGCCAAUACAUCCUAGUGUGGGGGUCUCGGGGUCUCGUCCCGGCCAUUGUGACCUCAGUGAGUACAGACAUAGACGCCGGAGUGUUCGCUCCCCUGACCCAACACGGCACCAUAUUGGUGGAUGACGUGGUUGUUUCCUGUUUUGCCUUGGUACAAAAACAGAGGUUGGCACAGUUGGCGUAUACGCCGUUGCGGGUACUAUACAGUCUCGGUGCCAUGGUGGGAGGGGAGACCCCGCAGCAGGUCGGCCUCCACUGGUACAGCCAGCUCCUCUACCAGGUGGGCCGAAUGGUCCUCGACAAGAACGACUUCCAUCCUCAACUGGAAAGUUGAGCUUGAGCGGAGAAAGUUGAGGACCAACCAACGAGAUGACCCCCCCUCCCCCCCCCCCCCCGAAUUGUGUGGCGGCCAUCUUGUUCUGCACAGUCUACUGACCUGAGGCGUAAAAGGUCUACACAGCCAUUGGGCCACAUCCUGGUCAUGUGACCGAGGCCACGAGGACUUGUCUCCCAAGGUACCAUGAAGUCCUCAAGGUUGGGAACCUUCAGUAGCACUUACCUACAAGACAUUACGAUGUUUUUUUUGUUUUUUUUUAUGAAACUGGGGCAUUACCAGAACCUUCUCAUCACAUGGCGUUACCAACCCGGACCACCCGCUGGGUCCAUGUAGAUUAGGAGGACCCCCUUAAAUAGUCACGGUACUAAACGAAAGAGGAAGAAGCCAACCCGAAUGUUUACCCAAGGAAAGAACUAAGACCAGUAUAGAGUGAAGACUUGUAUGUAUUGGUACAGCCUGGUACAGUCCAAAGAGCAGGGGGGGGGGGGGGGUAGAUCCUCGAGACGGGCGGCAUUAACCCAUUGUAUGCCGACCAGCCUGGACUGUACACUUCCAGUCUACAGACACAACGUCUUAUGGCAAAUCAAUUCUACUGGUGCCGAGGAUCUGGGGCGAAGAACUCACGGACGUCUGCGCCGGCGCGGGAGGUUUGGACCGGCGAUUAACGUCUUCCAAGGGGAGAAUCUAAGGCAGU